CCGUUUCCGGUCCCCAGCGCCGAAGCGUAGGACUUCCCCCUCGGUGGCGCCGAAGCCGGGCUUGCUGCGACCCCCGGGAGCCCACGAUCGCGCCGUGCCAGCCAGCGAGUCGGCCAGCACCAGCGUCCCACCUGCGCCUGGGACCAUGGCCACCGACUCGUGGGCCCUGGCGGUGGACGAGCAGGAAGCGGCGGCCGAGUCGUUGAGCAACUUGCAUCUUAAGGAAGAGAAAAUCAAACCAGAUGCCAAUGGUGCUGUUGUCAAGACCAAUGCUAAUGCAGAGAAGUCAGAUGAAGAAGAGAAAGAGGACAGAGCUGCUCAGUCGUUACUCAACAAGAUGAUCAGAAACAACCUGGUCGAUAAUACAAACCAAGUAGAAGUCCUGCAACGGGAUCCAAACUCUCCCCUCUACUCAGUGAAGUCCUUUGAGGAGCUUCGGCUGAAACCACAGCUUCUCCAGGGUGUCUAUGCCAUGGGCUUCAACCGACCAUCUAAGAUACAAGAGAACGCGUUACCCAUGAUGCUUGCUGAGCCCCCACAGAACUUAAUUGCCCAGUCUCAGUCGGGUACUGGUAAAACAGCUGCCUUUGUGUUGGCCAUGCUCAGCCAAGUAGAACCUGCAAACAGAUACCCCCAGUGUUUGUGCCUCUCCCCAACGUAUGAACUCGCCCUUCAAACGGGAAAAGUGAUUGAGCAGAUGGGCAAAUUUUACCCUGAACUGAAACUAGCUUAUGCUGUUCGGGGCAAUAAAUUGGAAAGAGGUCAGAAGAUCAGUGAGCACAUUGUCAUUGGCACCCCUGGGACUGUCUUAGACUGGUGCGCCAAGCUCAAGUUCAUUGACCCCAAGAAGAUCAAGGUGUUUGUUCUGGAUGAGGCUGACGUGAUGAUAGCCACUCAGGGCCACCAAGAUCAGAGCAUCCGCAUCCAAAGGAUGCUGCCCAGGAACUGCCAGAUGCUGCUUUUCUCUGCCACCUUUGAAGACUCUGUAUGGAAAUUUGCCCAGAAAGUGGUCCCAGAUCCAAACAUUAUCAAACUGAAGCGCGAGGAGGAGACAUUGGACACCAUCAAGCAGUAUUACGUCCUGUGCAAUAACAGAGACGAGAAGUUCCAGGCCUUGUGUAACCUCUACGGGGCCAUCACCAUUGCUCAAGCCAUGAUCUUCUGCCAUACCCGGAAAACAGCUAGUUGGUUGGCAGCAGAGCUCUCAAAAGAAGGCCACCAGGUGGCUCUGCUGAGUGGUGAAAUGAUGGUGGAGCAGAGGGCUGCAGUGAUUGAGCGCUUCCGAGAGGGCAAAGAGAAGGUUCUGGUGACCACCAACGUGUGUGCCCGUGGUAUUGAUGUUGAACAGGUGUCUGUCGUCAUCAACUUUGACCUUCCCGUGGACAAGGACGGGAACCCAGACAAUGAGACCUACCUGCACCGGAUCGGACGCACUGGCCGCUUCGGCAAGAGGGGCCUGGCAGUGAACAUGGUCGACAGCAAACACAGCAUGAACAUCCUGAACAGAAUCCAGGAGCAUUUUAAUAAGAAAAUAGAAAGAUUGGACACGGAUGAUUUGGACGAGAUUGAGAAAAUAGCCAACUGAGAAGCUCCACCGGUCAAUUGGUGCCCGCCCUUGGCGCUCCCCCUGCACGGGAGACGAGUGCUCUCCUGUCAAGGCCUCGACAGUCACCACCAACACGAAGGCAUGAGUAGAGAUAAACUACCUACCUCAUUUUAAAUUAUGUGUGGACUUGAUGAAAAUUUGCAAAUGAUGGAGGAAGGUAGAAAAAAAUUGUUUGCACAACUUUUGAAGAUUAGGCGUGAAUACACAGAAAUUUACCUUUUGGGAAUU